CUACUGACCAAUAAACAUAUGAAUGAGCUGCAGACCUUGUGACUGAGAGUGACUCCUCCACCAAAAGUGCUUUGUACUACUGACCUGUCAGCCAGGCUUGAGAGGUAUGGGAAUGCUUAUACAUUGUAAGGUUUCAGCAAGUAUUGCAUGACUUUGGCACAAUGACAGCAGAGGAUUCUAUUGCUAUGAUGAGUAACGAUUCUUCUAACAUGUCAGACUCAAAGAUCACAGAGGGAGUUGCCGGCGCACCAAAUGAGGCUGCUCUCAUUGGACUUAUGGAACGUACAGGUUAUUCAAUGGUCCAGGAAAAUGGGCAAAGAAAAUAUGGAGGUCCACCACCAGGAUGGGAAGGGCUUCACCCCCCUCGUGGCUGUGAAGUAUUUGUUGGCAAAAUACCCCGUGAUGUCUAUGAGGACGAGCUAGUUCCAGUCUUUGAAAGCGUAGGUCGUAUCUAUGAAAUGCGCCUGAUGAUGGACUUUGAUGGAAAGAAUCGGGGAUAUGCUUUUGUCAUGUACACACUGAAACAUGAAGCCAAGAGGGCAGUCCGAGAUCUUAAUAAUUAUGAAAUCAGGCCUGGAAGGCUCUUAGGUGUUUGUUGCAGUGUAGAUAACUGUCGACUUUUCAUUGGGGGGAUUCCAAAGAUGAAGAAAAGAGAGGAGAUUCUAGAAGAAAUCUCUAAAGUAACUGAAGGAGUUUUAGAUGUUAUUGUCUAUGCUAGUGCUGCUGAUAAGAUGAAAAAUAGAGGCUUUGCCUUUGUAGAAUAUGACAGCCACCGAGCGGCUGCCAUGGCCAGAAGGAAAUUGAUGCCUGGAAGAAUUCAGCUGUGGGGUCACCAGAUUGCUGUUGACUGGGCAGAACCAGAAAUUGAUGUUGAUGAAGAUGUGAUGGAGACUGUCAAAAUCCUUUAUGUGCGGAACCUUAUGAUUGAAACAUCAGAGGAUAUAAUUAAAAAGGUGUUUGGCCAGUAUAAUCCUGGAUGUGUGGAACGGGUAAAGAAAAUACGGGAUUAUGCCUUUGUGCAUUUUACCAGCCGAGAUGAUGCGGUGCUGGCCAUGAGGAACCUCAAUGGGACUGAACUGGAAGGCUCUUGCAUAGAAGUCACAUUGGCUAAACCCGUAGAUAAGGAACAGUACACACGAUACCAGAAAGCUGCUAAAGGAGCAACUACACCGGCUACUGCCACUGAAGUCACCCAGCCUAAUUAUGUUUACACCUGUGAUCCCUACACGUUAGCCUAUUAUGGAUACCCAUAUAAUGCUUUGAUUGGUCCAAACAGAGAUUACUUUGUGAAAGCAGGCAGCAUAAGAGGCAGAGGGCGAGGCGCAGCUGGCAACAGAGCCCCCGGUCCCAGGGGCACCUACCUGGGGGGAUAUUCGGCCGGCCGUGGCAUUUAUAGCAGAUAUCAUGAAGGGAAGGGUAAACAGCAAGAAAAAGGCUUUGAACUUGUACCCAACCUGGAAUUACCAUCGGUCAAUCCAGUUGCUCUUAAGCCCGGUACAGUUGCCAUUCCCACGAUGGGUAGUUCUCCGUACUCCAUGUUUCAGGCCUCGGCUGCCAAGCUGAUCGAAGAGGGGAAAAUCCACGGGAUGGAACACAUGAUGAAUCCCAUCACUUUACAGGCCGAUCAAGUGAACGCUGUGACUGGAGCAGCUGUCAUGCCUUCAGUGUCAACACCUCCACCAUUUCAGGGCCGCCCAAUAACUCCAGUCUAUACUAUGGCUCCCAAUGUGCAAAGGAUUUCUGCUGCCGGAAUUUAUGGUGCAAGCUACAUGCCCAUUGCUGCUCCUACCACAGCCACAUUAGCCACACUACAAAAGAAUGCAGCCGCUGCAGCAGCAAUGUAUGGGGGAUAUGCUGGCUAUAUUCCUCAAGCCUUUCCUACUGCAGCCUUCCAGGUUCCAUUGCAUGACAUCUACCAGACUUACUAAGACUGCAUCUCUAGAGGAGGAGGAAGUGCUACUGAAGGAACUUUUAUAUAUUUAUGAAGAAAGAACCUAAAGAUAUAUUCUUAGAAGAAUAUUUUAUAUAUGUGAAUUUUUCAAAAAGGCAGUUUUUGAAAUGGAUGCAUAGGUUUGUUCAUACAUUUCUGCAUUUUUAUGCUUUAACCAUGUAGAUUUAUAUUAUAUGGUUUGGUUGCUUAGGUUUUUAACAAUAUAUAUAUAUAUAUAUAGGCAACAUUACUGGUAUGAAGGUGUGUUUUUAUUUUAUUUGUUUUUUUAUAUAUAUAUAUAUUUAGAACAUUCUGCACUAGAGAGUUAUCUAUAUAUAUGUCAUGUAGUACAUUCAAUAAUAAUGUAACUGUAAUAUAUAGGUAUGUAAAAGUACAAGAGCAGCUAAAGCAUAAAGAGUAAAUAUUCCAUAUUUAAAAGAAAAAUAUAGAGAGAGAUUGUAGAAAGGUACUUUAUUUAUAAAGCUGUACUGAAACAUCUUGGGAUAUCUAGGGAUAAUAUAAGGUUUCUUCCAUGACCUAUAACGUAUAUAGUAUUUACUAUAUAAAUGAAAAACUUAUAUCAAGCCUUCAAGGUGAAGGCUAAUGGCCCUCUGUGCAAUAUUAACAGAAUUAUUCAUAGAGGUUUAACAGGUUGUUUCUCUGUCAAUACCUGGCGGUAUUACAUGAAACUGCCAGGAAGCUCAGUGACUUCAAACAAUAGUAUUCUAUGGUGUCAGUGGAAGUAGUCUUGUGUGUCUGUUUAGGUAGGAAUGUCCAAGCAGCAGUUUGCCAUUGUGGGAUUUCAAUUUACCAUUUUUGGGGAACAAAAACAAAAUGGUA